CGAAGCCCAAGUGUGUGUUGUCUGUGGUGGUGCUGCUGCUGAUGGUGGUGCUGAUGAAGAUCUUCUCUCUUCUGUCUCUCUGGUUUUUCGGCAGUGCUGAUGCGAUGAGUCUGAGGGAGCCGCAGAUCUGCUAUAUUUUGGACGCGGUGCUGUUUGUCUAUGGGAUUGUUCUCACUGUCCUGUACUGCAGAAUGAAGAUGCGAAGUAAACAAGAACCAAAAAGCUCAUAUUCAGGGAAGAAAGAUGCCGGUGAAGGGGUGUAUGAGGGGCUCAAACCUCAUGAAACGGACACAUACGAGACCAUCAAGAUGAAAUCCGCCAAAAAAUGAGACUCGCCACCAGAAGAAAAAAGCCACCAUCAUCUCAAAACAUCAUGUAAAUAAGCUGUUGACCUUAAGAAAAGGGUUUAAAGAGAUUGUUCCAAAAUAAUAUAAAUGUUUUAUGAAAAAUGUUGGAGUCAUUGACUUUGGUAGCUGGAGAC